AUGAUACUACCAAAGGACCCGGAGCAUGGAAAGCCAACCCAUUCGUGGCGAAAAAAAACCCGAUUCUGUACUGGGCUCCAAGAGCAUUUACAAUACCUGAUAACUGAAUUAGAAACACUAAAAUCCUUUCGCAGCUUACAACAAAUUUGGGACUGGAUCAAAGGCGAAGUUAAACUUUUUGUCAAGUCAUUUCAGCAAGAAGAUCUCAACUGGAGAAAACAACAACUCAAAAGAUUACAAUCCAAACGUAAUCGGAUCUUAAGACAACAAAAAAAUAGAAAUUUAACAUUUCCAGAACUAAUCAAUGUAGAAAUCCAAAUCGCCUCUUUCCAACAAUCCAUAGCAGAAAUUGAAAUUUUAAAAGCAGGCAAAUUUUGGCGCGAGCAUAGAGAAAAGUCAGCGGGAUUUCUAAAGAGAAUCACUAAAACCCGUGAGGGUCAAAGGGAAAUUACAAGUCUGUUAGAUCCAUUGACUAACACUCAAAGCACGCAAUUACCACAAAUAAAAGCAAUAGCCAAGGAACUGGGAGUCGAACAACAAGAAGCAUUAAUGGCCCCGAUCCUGUUAGAAGAAAUUGUUUUCGAAAGUAGGCGAUCUCCUAAAUCGAGUAAUCCAGGUUCGGAUGGUCUUCCAUACGAAAUUCUCCAUUUUAUCGUAACUUUUCAACCAUUGCAAUCAUUAAUCCAUGAAAUCUAUCAAGACGCAUUGAUGCACAGCAAAUUCCCAGACUCUUGGAAUACCUCCAUCAUGUCACUGCUUCCAAAAAAAGGGGAUCUCACUGACAUUCGGAACUACCGUCCCAGCUCUCUGGCCAACACCGAUUGCAAGAUAUUCACUAGGAUCUUGAACCAUCGCAUGAUGAGUAUCUCCAGCACUCUGAAUUUACAACAACCAAAGCUCUCUGCUAUGCUGAUGAUGCGCUCAUUUUCGUUCAAGAUCGACAAGGCCUCGUGCGAUUAA